GUGAUCGUAAAAAUAUCUUAGAACUCCGCUUUUAGGCUUGAGUGCCUCUCUUAUCCACAGUAGCCCUCAACAAAGAAUUGAAGUUACAUUUGAAAGGGCCCCAUAGUGUUGAUUCCUACAGUUGUGGGAUUGCUCUCAAACCUAAGGACAAUUUCAGCAGAGGUGGAUGCCUAGACGCUGCAGAAAUGAAGUUGUUUUUAGAACUUAGACGUCAAAUCCUGGAAGACGUGCUUGGGACAAGUUAUGAAGCUUAUGUUAACUUCAAGAGGGAGCCCACAUUGCCGAAGAAAAGGCAGCAUCGAAAAAGAAUACCUUUAUGGCGAUUCCUUCUACAUUUGUUGAACCGCGACAAAGUCUCAUACCUUGUGCAGUGGAUUGAUUUAGACAAUUUCAAGUUCAAAAUUAAAGAACCAAACGAAGUUGCAAAACUAUGGGGUUCCAUAAAGGAUAAAAGUGAUAUGACUUAUGAGAAACUCGGUCGCGCAAUGAGAUAUUAUUAUGGCAAAAAUAUUAUCGAAAAGGUUUCUGGAAUGAGGUAUUCAUACCGUUUUAUCUUAUCAAAAAAGACCGCUAGAUACUUAGAAAGAUUUGACGCAAGGAGGAAUUCCAUUGACUCGACUGCAAGCACCGAAAUUAGUACGGAAUCUGAAUCUUUAGACUAUGAUGAUGUGGACGUUAAUUUUGAUUUUUUGAAUUCACCUGCCGGGAGCCCUUCGUCUUUUAUGAAUGAGGACUUUGCUCGCUGUCUGGAGCCAACCUCUACGAAAGCAAGGGAGGUUUCGCUAGUUGAAAGUAUAAAGGACGAGUUCAUUUUAAAAGAAUCUGGUGAUGACAUUGUAAGCACCCAAUCGCUAGAAGAUGGCUUUUGGCAGUUUUCACAUGAAGCGUUUAUGGACUUAGAAGAUGCAACUCUCAUAAAAAAAGGACCAAUAAUGAACUGUGGAGCAAACAAUGGAGAUGAAGUUAUGCUUGCAAUGCCAACGUCCAUUGAUGUCUUCUGUUACGGUAACUGAAUUUAUUUACCACACAUUAACAGAUAGAUAAAGGUGAGACUAAUGAUAAUUACUUGCCUGCAAACAAAUUUGAAAAAGCCUGCGGGUCACCAAUUGGGUGCUUUUGACGUACCUGCUAUAAAUGAAUUUUCUUGAUUUUUUCACUCAAAUAAACAUAGUUACUCGAUUGUUUUUCCCUUAAGGUUUUUACUCCAUUGUUUAAGCACAAAAUGUACAACCAUUCAAUGGUCAUAGCAAAUAUGGUACUUUCCACCCAUUUUAUAAUAGGUUCAUUCAUUCUUUAAAAAUAAACGAUAGCCAAUAACUAGGCUUGCUAGUCCAUUUUGAUUCCUGAUUUAUUAAGCAGCUCUUCCAAAGCACGUGCCUUGAGUGUAUCUGUGCCCAUUUUGAGACUUUGUUGCAAAAAUUAAGCAAUCUAAUUGGUGAUCUUAUUCGGGUUUACAUACUUUUACGGAAGGGGGCGGGGCCUUUACGUAACAGUUGAGUUGUUGUGCUAUAUUAAUGUGAGAACUUUGUUGGAUGGAACUCACCACCGAUCUGUCUCAAGUUGUAUGAUGAUGUAUGAAAUGCCGUAGCAUUAAUUGUAAAUAGUUUUCAUGCGACUGAAAUGUACCACUCUAAUUAACGCGUUUUUGCAGAUUUAAUGCAUGAAAAGAGAGAAAAUUAAAAACUGCAGCAAUAACGUCGUAAAAAUAUGUUUUUAGACUUAUUACAACCUAUCUUGUUACAACGUUAUCGAAAUGAUUAUCGUGAAACCUAAAA